CUGGUGUUAGCCAAUGUCCAUUGAGGCUGCCGAGGCGGCCGUUGCGUCGAGCGGGCAGCGCGUGCGCGAUCUCAAGGCGGAGGGUGCCGCCAAGGAGGCGGUCGAGGCGGCAGUUCUCGAGCUGCAGGCCGCCAAGGCCACGCUCACCGCCAGCGUCGAGGCUGCGCUGGCUUCGUGUGCCGAGGGCACGCCUGAGUACGACGUGCUCAAGGCCAAGCUGCCGCCGGCGGCUAAGCCCAAGGGCAAGGAGAAGAAGAAGGACGACGCGCCCCAGAACGACCGUGCGGCCGCCAAGGCGGCGCGCGCGGCGCAGCGCGGCGCCAAGGCGGAGGCCAAGGCGGCGACCAAGGACGAGGCGGUCCUCGGGCCAAACCUGUCGCAGGCGGAGAUGGACUCGGCGGAGUUUGGCAACCUCUUCAUCCAGUCGACCCACGCCGCGACCCGCGCCUGGACCGGCGUGAAGGAGCUCGUCCCGAGCCUCGCUGGCCAACAGGUGUGGGUGCGCGCUCGGGUGGCCACCUCGCGCAAGCAGGGCAAGGCGCUCUGCUUCCUGCAGCUGCGGCAGUCGAUGCACACCGCGCAGGCCGUCGUGUUUGCCAAGGAGGGCGAGCUGGUCGGCUUCGCGGCGACGCUGCCGCGCGAGUCGGUGGUCGACGUCUUCGGCGAGGUGACGCUGCCCGCGGAGGCGGUGGCGUCGUGCUCGCAGUCCGCCGUCGAGCUGCAGGUCCGCCGCCUCUACUGCGUCUCGCGCGCGAUGCCCGAGCUACCCCUCCAGCUCGAGGACGCUGCUCGCUCCGACGAGCAGCUCGCUGCAGACCCCUCUCUCACCCGCGUGAACCAAGACGUGCGGCUCAACCACCGCGUCAUCGACCUGCGCACCGCGGCCAACCAGGGCAUCUUCCGCCUCCAGUCGGCGGUCUGCGAGCACUUUCGCGGCUUCCUCCUCUCGCAGGGCUUCACCGAGAUCCACUCGCCCAAGAUGAUCGGCACUGCCUCCGAGGGCGGCGCCGACGUCUUCCGCGUCGAGUACUUUGGGCGCGACGCGUACCUCGCGCAGUCGCCGCAGCUGUACAAGCAGAUGGCGCUGAUGGCGGACCUCGACCGCGUCUUCGAGGUCGCGCCCGUCUUCCGCUCGGAGAACUCGCUCACGCACCGGCACGGGACCAUAUUCUUUCACCUGUGUGAAUGUUUCAGGCACAUGACCGAGUUCGUCGGCCUCGACAUGGAGAUGACCUUCUUCGAGCACUACCACGAGGUGCUCGACAUGCUCGACCGCACCUUCUGCGCAGUCUUCGACGGGCUGAACCAGAGCCACCAGGAAGAGCUCGCCGCCGCGCGCUUCACGAGGAGGUGUGAACAGCGUCUCUUCACACCCUCUGCUCUCGACAGCGAGACGGACGAGCGGGCGCGGGCGCGCAUCCGCGAGCGGCUUGACGCGCGCGGCCCGGAGUCGCUCGCCGAGCACGCCGACACCGAGGACAUGGGCACCGAGGACGAGAAGCUGCUCGGCGAGAUCGUCGCCGAGCUGCACGGGCAGGACUACUACAUCAUCGACAAGUUCCCGGCCGCGGUCCGCCCCUUCUACACGAUGCCAGACCCGACCGACCCGCGCUGGUGCGCGCCCCUCUCCCGGCCCCGGUCGCGCGCGCCUGGCCCCCGCCCCUCACCGCGCCGUGGACUCGCCGCCAGGUCAAACUCGUACGACAUCUUCAUCCGCGGCGAGGAGGUCACCUCGGGCGCGCAGCGGGUGCACGACCCCCAGAUGCUGCUCGACUGCGCCAAGGAGAAGGGCGUCGACCUCUCGCCCAUCUACUCGUACGUCGACUCGUUCAAGUACGGCGCGAUGCCGCACGCGGGCGGCGGGAUCGGCCUCGAGCGCGUCGUCAUGCUCUUCCUCGGCUUGCCAAACAUCCGAAAGUCGUCGAUGUUCCCGCGCGACCCGAAGCGGCUCAACCCGUGACGAGGCCCCGCGAGGAGCCAGGGCGGCGGGCCGCUUCCGCAUAGGCCUCGGCCAGGGGCCACGGCCCGAGCGCCGAAAGAUGAAACGGCCGCGUUGCCAUUGGGUGCGCGCUGCCGCGCCGGCCGAGCGCAGACUCACGCGUCUGGCUGGCCCGCCGUUGUAUGCAGCCCUGCCGGAGCAGCACCACACCCGGCGGGCCACCCCCAAACCCUAUGGCCUUAAACCACGGGCACCGCCUCGGUAUACAAA